CGACUCGACAGAAAGUGACUUGUGCGGACGGAGUGUGCGAUUGGCGUGUUAUCCUGAGUGUGCUUUUCCUGAGGCCAAAAUCUACAAUUUAUCCGCACUGACAACAGCAGCACUGCAAUACAACGUGUACAUUCUCAUCGACUCAAAAAUUCAAAAGUGAUCGAUCUGUUCAGAAAUCUGCUCUGCAUUAUUUGCAUCUAUUACCAUUACGAAAAACAAAAUGGAUGUGUGCGCCGUAGUGAAGCAACUUCGUGAAUUGGCGUCCGAUCCAAAGAACAGAGACGCCAUCGUAAAGGAUCAAGGAUGUCUGCCAGGACUGGUUCUUUUUUUAGACAAUGAUAACAUCGACGUUGUGGUUGCAGCUUUGGAGACUCUACAGCUAUUGGCUGAUUGCCCCAGCAACUGUCCAAUCAUGAAGAAGGAACUGGGCAUGCUCAUAAGCCUUCAGGAUAUCAUGGACAAAUCAAAGUACAGUUUGAGAGCACAGAAUUUAGCAAGAGACAUCCAUGACAGAUUAACGACCCCACCCAGCCCCAGUCCCCUGAAGGAAACCCAGAACACGACCCAGCACAGACCAGUGCCCAAGUGCAAGGAAAACAAGGCCUUCUUCCUAGGCUCGACCAACAGGAAGGGGAAAGUUGUCACGCUGCAGUUGAACGGACUAAAUGAUCAGGAACAGAGGAAGGCCUGUGAGGACGAACUUCUCAAAGUCAAAGGGGUGAUCAGUUUUACCUUUGACCUCUUCAGAAAGAGAUGUAUUUUAAGAACAAAGGCUGAACUCAAACCAGAGCUUCUUAUAGCAGCGGUUGCACGGACAGAGACGAUGUCUGCCAAGCAAGUCCUCAAGAAUGAGUUUGGAGAAGAGGUGUUGCUAUCCUUCGGCGCUGACCCAGCCACCGCCGAUAAGGAGAAUGCCUCCCGGCCAGACUACCUCCCCGAAGACGACAGUCCAGUCAGGGGACUGGACAAGGCCGUGGUGCGACAAGGCAAAGCGGAGCAGCAGCCAAAGACCAGCUGGCUGAGCACGGCCGCGUCGUUCAUCUCAACCAGCUUCUACUGGUGAUCGCUGGGCGCUCGUUUAAAAUCUUGUACAUGUUUGUAAAUGAGUAGAAUCGUAUGGAGUCAACAUCUGUUACGUUGGAAGUUUAUCCCGCGGUUCCAACUGUGGCCGAAGAAGUGAGGCUGCAGUGCAUUGUGCAGCACACGAGCAAAGCAUCUGUGAUUCAGCACAGGUGUAAAUGGAACGCAAGUGAAUUUGUUCCUUUGAUGUAACAUUUUACAUAUUUUGAAAACUAAUUCUUUUGUUUUUUAAUAAUUAUGGCCAUUUUCCUUGGAACGUGUUAAAGUACACACAGUAAUGGAGGGAAGUACAGUGUGAUAGAAAAUGAUUUUGGGUUUGUAUUGAAAAAAAUUUAGGGAGGCUUGUUUGCUACAUAUCUGAACAACUAAUGAACCUUUGCACAAAGAGACCCUUUGCGAAAAGAUGUUGUAGCAGCGUGACUACCUUUCGAUUCACAGUGCAGUUCUGUCUACAUUCUGUAAGCCAUCAUUCAGGCAAGCUGUCUAGUGUGCGGUAUUUUGGGAAGCAGCGGGCCCAGCCCUCCCAUUUCUGGGAGUCUUAAAUUGCACCUGUAGUAAUUUGGGGCCAAUUUCAUAGAGCUGCUUAAGCACAAAAUCUGCUUAAGCGGGAAAAAACUUUACAUACUAAACAAGGG